AUGGCCACAUCCAAGCCCUCGGUGACUUAUGUGGACUACAUAACCGAUGAAGAAUCUCCACCGCCAGAAACACCCAAAAAGAAACGCCUCACCAAGGCCGAGAAAAGGGAACGGAAAAUGAAGGCCGAAAUUGAGUUCCGCAAAAUGGAAAUGUAUGACAACUUGAGACGCGAAUUGGCAUUGGCCAAACAAAGUUCGUUGCGUGGUCAGGAGGAAUGGACGGACAUGUGUAGGCAAAUCAAAUUGGUGCAAAUGCAAGAGGAGUUGCAGUCCUGGGAAGCUAAAACCAAUCGGGUCCUAACCCAAAAGGAUGAUAAAAUUGCCUUAAUUCUUGAGGAAAUCAGGGAAACGGAGGAGAUGCACAAACGCAACUUUGGAAUGCAAUUGAAGAUUAUGGACUAUUUGAGUGACAUUUUUAAGGUAUUUCAAAAUGUCGCCAAACUCCACUACGAAGACCAGGCAGUCGAAGUACUCCUCGACUUUUACAAUGAAACCGAAGAAAAGAAGCAAAUUGAGGACAGCUACCAGCGAAACUGUGAAAAUAUUAUGCAUGCCACAAAUCUCGUAACUGCCGAAACCCUACGCGAAGAUUUCGAAAUUUACCUCGACAAACGAAAUGACCAGGUCAAUACGGAAAUUGAAAAGCGCUAUAUCCUACGUGAUGCCACUGCAAAGAAAAUGCAAAAGUUACACAAACAAUUAUUGCAAUUUUUGGAUACGAUACGAAAUGCCUCACUGGAUCCGCAUAAGGAUGAAAGGGUCAGAACGUUAGUGGAACGCCAGAGAACAUUUGUGGUGGAAUCGAAAAAAUUGAAUGAUACGGAAAGGAAGUUUGGACGCCAACAUGAAGAUUUGCGGGACGAAAUUGUGAAUGAAGAAGCGGAAGCUCAGCAAAUUGAAGAGAGAAUGCAGCGGAACGCUUCGGAUAUGCAUGAUAAGUUGAAAAUUGUAACCAGCGAGUGUUAUGGGAUUUCAAAGGACUAUCAGAAACUGCAAAAAUAUGGCGAUCUCUUACUCUCCCUUGCAGCAAAUUGUCGCAAACUUCAAACCGAAUCGGAAAAAGUAGUUCCCUGGGGAGACUUUCGUGAAAUGGAAUCCGCAGAUAUACCACAGGAAGAUUUCGUACUUCAAACCAUCGAUCUUCAAUCCCAUGUAGAUUUAAAUGAAGAUGAGUUGAAAAGACAAAUUGAACUGAUGCAAAAUUUUUGGCAGCGCCAAUCGAUUGCCGAGGCUCAGGCCAUCAUAUUGGAAAAACGGAAACAAGAACUGCUCCAGGAGAAUCAAAUUUAUAUCGAAAAAAUCAAAUCCCUUAGUAAAACAGAUAAUGUUGAGGAUUUGCGUAAGGCUUUACAUGUUCAAUGUGUGCUGGAGGAAGAACCUCAAUGUCCUGGUUUCAAGAAAUCUUAG